GGCCGACGGCGGGCGUGAGCGGAAAACUGACUUUUCUACCAUCCUAUAGGACUAAGAGGCGGGCCCAGGGGGCGCGGUCAUUGCCUCCCUUUUUUUUAUCGAACCAAAAAGGAGGGCAGUCAGUUACUGGCGGCCAAAUGAACCAAUAAACGACGAAAACGGGCCCGUGAGCGCCGAACGGCGUUCGCUCUGCUCUCCGGGAUAGGCCAAGGGCGGCGGGAACAGCCCCGGAUGUGGGCAGAACCGUGAGGUGCGGAGGGCCUCCGCUGCGGCGGUUUGGAGAGGCGGAACUAUGUCUUCUCCUUAAUUAUCAUGUGAGGGCCUAAGAAUUUAAUGGGGGGAAAAGUGUGGAAGAGGAUUAGGAUCCAAACUGGCGGAUUUCCCGACCUUCGCUGCCCUCUCGGCUCUCCCGCCAGCCGCGCUACCAGGUUGUGUCUCCCUUAUUUCGUCCCCGAAACAGCCUCUUUAAACUGUUUAAAUGAGAAUGUCCUUGGCUCAGAGAGUACUCCUCACCUGGCUUUUCACAUUACUCUUCCUCAUCAUGCUGGUGUUGAAACUGGAUGAGAAGGCACCGUGGAGCUGGUUCCUCAUAUUUAUUCCAGUCUGGAUAUUUGACACUAUCCUUCUUGUCAUGCUGAUUGUGAAAAUGGCCGGACGGUGUAAGUCUGGCUUUGACCCUCGACACGGAUCACACAACAUUAAAAAAAAAGCCUGGUACCUCAUUGCAAUGUUACUUAAGUUAGCCUUCUGCCUUGCACUGUGUGCUAAACUGGAACAGUUUACUACCAUGAAUCUUUCCUAUGUCUUCAUUCCUUUAUGGGCCUUACUGGCUGGCGCUCUAACAGAACUUGGAUAUAAUGUCUUUUUUGUGAGAGACUGACCUCCGAGUACAUCGUCUCACUUCUGUUGCUGUUCAACAAGCUAUACAGUAUUCCGAAUGUUUGCAAGUUUAAAGGAUAACAGAACUAAGGGAAAAUAUCAAGUGUAGUCUUAAACUACUAUGAAACAGGAUUGGUGUGGCACGAACUUGUAGCCAACCCAAAGCUAAAUUAUUCAAUAUCUUAAGUUGAUAUCUUUAUCCCUGUGUAAAUAAAGCUUGUUUCUGACCUCA